CCUUCCUCCAUCCAAAGUGUUCUAGUCCCAGCUUCACAUCACCCCCCCCAGUCGCAAACGUUCAAGUCCACUUGGACCCAAAGCAUCAACACUCACUUUACUUUACCAAGCAAGUCGACCCCCAUUCCCAUCUCUUUGCCUUGCACGCCCCCCCGUCAUCUCAAGACAAAGCUUUCAUGGGCAAGGCUCCAGAUCAAGCAUUCUUCCGUUCUUGCCUCUGCUCCGCGCAUUUAUCCUCGCUCCGAUCAUUGGAAUCUUGCAAUCUUGCGUGUCUGCUUUCGUUCCUAUUUUCCGGCACAUCUCGACCCGUUCUCCCCCCAAAUCUCAUAAGGUUCGCGCACCCUACCUCUUUACCCUACCUGCUCGUUCUUUACCCUCGUCGCUCCACUAUCUUAAAAAGUGAAGCCUUGCGAAAAUCUAGCACCUCUCGGAUAUUGCGCAGUCGCUUGUACCCUCCUGAUCGCAUUUGGCAAGACGUCGUCUGAACAUCAUUUCGUAAUAGACGCAAGGCAUCUGUUAUACUCAGAGCAUCAUCCCGCGCAUCAGCAAGGGCCUCCAGCUCCCCACCACCUCCAACAACCACGACCCUCGAGCAUUGUACACCAGCACCAUCAACAGGUUGCUCCUCCUCCAC